CUCUCUCUCUCUCUCUUUACAUUGACUUCUCAUUAUUCUCUAUCAGUCUGUGUGUACAGUAGAGGAUUAUGGAGAUCUGUCUCACACUCAUUUUACUCUCCUCUGUAGUAAUCAACAUUACUGCUGAUCUGAAUGUAAGGUUGGUGAAUGGUGGCAGUCGUUGUUCUGGUAGAGUUGAGGUUCUUCAUGAUGGUCAGUGGGGAACAGUGUGUGGUCGUUGGGUUUGGGAUCUGACAGAUGCUGCAGUGGUGUGUAGAGAGCUGGGCUGUGGAAAGGCUGUAAAUCUACCACGUUAUGGUCACUUUGGAGAAGGAUCAGGACCAAUCACAAUGGCUUAUGUGAGCUGUAGUGGAUCAGAGUCCUCACUAAAGAACUGUAGAUCAAACAACGGGUAUAUUCAGUACUGUUCUCAUUCUUAUGAUGCCGGUGUGAUCUGCUCAGGUCAUAAACACUACAGCAGUCCAAGUCUUGUUGCUGGUUCUCAUCUGUGCUCUGGGAGAGUUGAGAUGUACUUUGGAGGAAGAUGGGGCACAGUGUGUGAUGCUGUGUUUGAUGAUCAGGAUGCAAAGGUUGUGUGUAGAGAGAUGAACUGUGGGGUUCCUGUACAGCUGCUGGGUGCAGAUACUUUUGGUAAAGGAGAGGAGCAGGUGUGGACACAAGAGAUUCAAUGUAGAGGAAAUGAAUCACUAAUUGGAUCAUGUUCUUCAUCAUCAUCUACUAUAAAUAAAGUAACCUGCUCUCAUGACAAUGAUGUGGGACUCACAUGUUCUGGUUACACAGCACUGAGACUGGUGAACGGCUCUGAUUUCUGCUCUGGUCGAGUUGAGCGUCAGUAUUUCAGUAAAUGGGGCUCAGUGUGUGAUGAGUGCAUGAAUAUGAGAGCUGCCAAUGUUCUCUGUAGAGAGCUGAAUUGUGGGAUUGCUGUGUCUGUUGUGGGAGUGGACUGGUUUGGAGAGGGAUCUGGUGAAAUCUGGGCUGAUGUGUUUGAUUGUCAGGGGAAUGAAACAAAACUCUCAGAAUGUUCAAUCUCUUCAUGGAGUCGAGCUGAAUCCUCUCAUAAACAAGAUGUUGGAGUCAUUUGUUCUAGUGAGUGAACUUCACUCUGUCAUUAACAUGAAGUUACUGUAGUGUGAUCGUAAUCAAUCUGAAAAUGUCAAAUCCUUUCUCCAGAUUCCUCUCUGUCUCUUCAUGAUGGUCGAGUGAGGUUGUCUGGAGAGAGAGAGUGUGAGGGUGAGGUGGAAGUUUACAUUCAUCAGGUUUGGAGGAGAGUUCUGCUGGACUCCUGGAGUCUCACUGAAUCCUCUGUGGUCUGCAGACAGCUGGGCUGUGGCUCUGUGCUGAACUUCACUAACUCCUCUUCAUCCAGUGAUGAACACAGUUAUGAGUGUGUGAUGGGCUUCCAGUGUUCUGGGACUGAAGAUCAUCUGAGGAACUGCAGAUCUCCACAAACU